UCUCAAUCGCAAUCAAGAUGAGUGGAUUCUCGUUAGUUUUACGAUGAUGGCCAAUCAAUUACUAGCAAUAAUUAUCAUUUUUCAAUUAGUUUUCGACCAUUUUAUUUGCGAAGGUAACAAUCAAGUGCUACAGCAAAACAUUCGACAUGGACGUUCCAGAACAAACUUCUUACGUGGUACGCACCACGAAGAUAAUUUGUUGGAAGAGAAAACCAAAACUCCCUACGAUACCUACGAUUCUGGUUCUCAGAAUUUUAUAAAUAUUACUGACCAACUCAAAGCUUAUGAACUGACCGAAUUUCUAACUGAUCAUGAGCCGAUCCUGCAAAAAAUUUUUGAAGACAAGAUUAGUAGAAACAUUUCCGACCCCGAUAAUGUCUAUUCGAACCGUAACGACUCGGAAGAAUGGGAUGACAAAUCCUCAUUCCUGGACAGUUCACUAGAAGAAGUAUCGUCGGUAGUUCCUACAGUAAAAAAUGAACAUGUCGAUAUAGUAACCAGAUUCUUGAGAAUAGUAGAAUCUCAACACUUGUUAGGUGAAAAUUGUUCGGCUGGAACCGAUUUAAAUUUAGGUGAGGGGGUUGUCGAUAGAUAUGCUCAAGAAAGAUUUCGCGUUGAAGCCGAAGUUGCUGUAAAUCGAGCCAACAUGCUUACACGGUUAUGGAAAUACGCGGAUCCUGAAGUUGUUACAUCUGAAUACUUCUUGCACGUAUCCUUAUUUUCAAUGAUAGAAUUUGACGACGACAUCUUCGCUGCUGGAAAUUGUUAUGACCGUUACCAAUACAGAGAUUAUUGGCUAUUUUGUCCCUACGCAUACAGAUUACCGGAGGGUCCUAUUCUAGCGAAGGAUUUAGCUGUCGAAUAUAAAUAUUUAAGCAAUACUUCUGAAUGGUUUUACAUUGCCCGAAAAAAUGCCGAAAAUGUCAUCAGAAACUACAACCAAUUCAAAAGAGGAUAUCAUACAUUCACUUACAACGAGACAGCUCAUACGGAAAGGAUUGCAGAUGAAAUACUGUCUGUUCGAUAUGAAGAUGGUAAAUGGUCAAAACCUUAUUACGACUGUGGCGGUGGAAAUAUUUGGAUGUUGACAUAUACUGUUCCAUUCUUCGGAUACAAGAACAACACAUACUUCUUCAAAGGCACUAGUGGAAUAGACAUUGACCUAAGAAGAGUCGACAUUGAUCAAUGUCCUCUACCGAAAGGCAGUAAGCAGCUCAAUAUCUUCGCUGCCUCAGACAAAUGCAAGAAGAAAACAACUUCGUGUGUUCCUGUGUCUGGACUUGGAUUUCGUAGAGGCAGCUACAAAUGUGUUUGCAAGCCGGGAUUUUAUUUCCCAGAUGUAAAUGCCGAACGACGAUAUUACAACGGGACUGUUGUAGAAGAAGAAUAUGAAAAAUUAAUGCUGGGCCAGGAAAGCAAAUAUGCAACAGCAGGAACUUUUGAGUGCUUUCCUUGCGCUGAAGGAUGUGAAACGUGUGAAGAUGAUCAUCCCUGCAUUGUGGCUCUGAAUUGGAUGAUGCGUACUGCAAUACUAAUACUAUCUUGUGCCGUUAUAUGCUGUUUACCUGUGGUAGUCUUAUUUACUUGGAAAUAUGGGAAUGUGAAGGUUGUCAGAGCUGCUAGUCCAGUUCUUCUAAGGGUGAUAACACUGGGCGCAUUUUUCAUUUAUUGUACGACAGUUGUGAUGUAUCCAAGACCAAACAUUUACACGUGCACAAUAAGGAUUUGGCUUCGAGAAAUUGGAUUUUCUCUGACGUACGGUGCACUGAUGCUAAAGACCUGGAGAAUAUCCGUAAUCUUCCGAGUACGAUCGGCUAAAGCAGUUAAAAUAACAGACACAAAUCUGUUAAAAAGGCUCGGAGUGAUAGUUGCUAUUUUUAGCGUGUUCCUUGUUAUCAGAUCUCUUGUGGCACCUCCCGUAGUUGUCGUACGACGGACUGCUGACAAUUUGAAAGCUUAUCUAUGCCGAACCGACUGGUGGGAUCACUCUUUCACAGCACUUGAGGUUGCCUUCUUGGUAUGGGGAAUACGGUUAUGCAUUGUGGUAAGAAAGGCACCAUCAGAAUUCAACGAGAGCCGCUUUAUUUCGAUGGCAAUUUACAAUGAAUUUUUACUUUCUCUCUUCUUGAAUAUUUCCAUGUUGUUUCUUCAGAAGCCCGCAAAUCCAGACCUACUAUAUAUCAUAUUCUUUUGUCAUACACAGCUGACAGUUACUCUCCUCCUAGGAUUAAUAUUCGGGAGUAAAGCUUAUAUGGUCUUCAAAGGUCAUGAUAAAACUGACGAAAGUUCCGGCGCAAUGAUCUCUAAAUCUCAUACAAGUAAAUUUAUUGGCAGAGCUCGCAUUUCCAAUUCAUUGUAUACCAGCACGAAUUCGUCUGGUGCAAACGCCGAACUGAAUGAGAUCAACGAAGAAGAAAUAAAAAACGAAUUUCAACGCCUUUACACCCAGCUAGAAAUGCUAAGAGAACGAAACAUGCGAUUCGGAAACAGACAUUUAGUUCUGAAAAUUGCUGCGAUGCAAGAAGCGGCCAGUAGAUUCGAAGGGACAAACGUUCAACGAGAAAUUUACGAUGUCGUAGUGGAAGGCCAAUUGCCGAAAGAUAACACGAAACAUACAAAACAUACAAGCAUAUCAUUUGUAGAUACAAUUGACGAAGAAGUACAGAGUAACAAUUCGCCAAUUACUUUGAUCACCAAAACUAUUACUGAGAAUGAGGGCGAAGAAGUCAUCUCGAUAAAGUCAGGGGAUGAAAGUUUGUCCGCAGAAAGCAAACUAAUAAAAUCCGGACAUGCAAAAACGCAUUCGAUUGUAAUAAAUUUAGACGACAAAUCCAGAUUUACUGAAGAAGUCAGUGUAUAAAACCAAACAUUGGUGUUAGUCAACCUUUAAACAAAACCCAUCCCUUUUCAUCUUUCACAACGAAUUCGUUAAUAUUAUACCUUUAUAAGUGUAUUCAUGGAGAUUUUCGUCUGCCUUUGCUGAUAAUAUAAUAAUAAUAAUCUAAACUAGGUACUGUCUUUGUCGUACAGUCAACUGCAAAAAUCCCAACUGUUUGUUGUCGUUUUAGUG